GCGGCGGCGGCGGCGGCGGCGGCGGCGGGCCUCGCUCGGGCGGCUUCCCCUGGGCCUCGCGAUGGACAGCCCCGAGGUCACGUUCACCCUGGCCUACCUGGUCUUCGCCGUGUGCUUCGUGUUCACGCCCAACGAGUUCCACUCGGCGGGGCUCACCGUGCAGAACCUGCUGUCUGGAUGGCUGGGCAGCGAAGACGCCGCCUUCGUGCCCUACCACCUGCGCCGCACGGCCGCCACGCUGCUGUGCCACUCGCUGCUGCCGCUCGGCUACUAUGUGGGCAUGUGCUUCGCAGCCUCGGAAAAGCGGCUCUACAUGCCCAGCGAAGCCCCAGAGGCCUGGGGGCUCUUCCUCCUGCUGGCAGUGACCCUCCCUGCCACAGCGUGCAUCCUCAUUUACCACUGGUCGCGUGAACAGUGGGCCCACCACCCGCUGGCCCGCACACUGGCACGGUAUGCCCUCCCACAGUCAGGCUGGCGGGCCGUUGCCUCCUCUGUCAACAUGGAGUUCCGGCGGAUUGAUAAGUUUGCCACCGGGGCACCGGGUGCCCGCGUGAUAGUGACGGACACCUGGGUGAUGAAGGUGACCACGUACCAUGUCCACGUGGCUCAGCAACAGGACGUCCACCUGACCGUGACAGAGUCACGGCAGCACGAACUCUCGCCAGACUCGAACCUGCCUGUGCAGUUCCUCACCAUCCGUGUGGCCAGCGCCAACCGCUACGUGAAGGCCUUUGACAUUCGGCUGAACUCGGCGGAGUACGGCGAGCUGUGCGAGAAGCUCCGAGCGCCCAUCCGCAGCGCGGCCCAUGUCGUCAUCCACCAGAGCCUGGGGGACCUGUUUCUGGAGACCUUUACUUCCCUGGUGGAAGUCAACCCGGCCUACUCUGUGCCCAGCAGCCAGGAGUUGGAGGCCUGCAUUGGCUGCAUGCAGGCGCGUGCUGCCGUGAAGCUGGUGAAGACCUGCCAGGAGGCGGACGCCGGGCAGUGCCAGCAGUGCUACUGCCGCCCCAUGUGGUGCCUGACCUGCAUGGGCAAGUGGUUUGCCAGCCGCCAGGACCCACAGCACCCUGAGACCUGGCUGGCCAGCCGCGUGCCCUGCCCCACCUGCCGUGCCCGCUUCUGCAUCCUGGACGUGUGCACCAUCCGCUGAGGGCCACACUGGCCUGACCACGGGGGACGGGUCAGCCCUUGUUCACUCCAGAUUGCGCCCCCUACCCCUUCAGUGCCGCUGGGCAGAGCCAGUGGGAGCAGGAGCCCCAUCCUGCCCUGGGCCCUGCCCUCUUGGCAAAGGCCUCUCAAAGCACACCAAGUGUCCAGCAGCCUUCACCCCGGCCCCUGGAGCUGCGAGGAGCUGGAGCAGCUUUGUACAGGAAAGGAAGGCCAACUAAAGUUCUGGGCCCAUGGCCACCAGCAGUCCCCCGGGUGGCGGGCACAGGACCCCUCAGCACCUUCUCUUCACGUCUCUCCUCUUGCCUUCUCCAGAGAGGGCAGGUGCUCAGCACACACAGCUCCAUGGCCCCCUGGGGUCCUUGGGGAGACUGGGAGUCUCGUCCUAGACGGCCUUCACCUGGGCCACCUGCCUUAAUUUUAAGAAACACAACUGAUCCUUAGUUACAAGUGAGACCCCGGUCUGUCCAAGCUGUGGCCAUCCUCCCCAGCUUGUCCCUGAGCUGGCCGUGGGCCCAGGGGUGCCUCGGCUCUGCAUGGGAAUAGGCCGGGUGCCUCCUGGUAUGACCGCAGGUGAGGUGCCUGGCCUGUGCUCCACCCACUGAAGGGAAGUAGCCGGCCCCAGAAUCCAUCUGGUCUUGUGCGAUGGCGCCCCCUGCCCCCAGGCCAUGGGGCUGUUCGGAGGACCUGGGCAGUCUGACAGUGGAGUCCGAGCACAUAGGGCAUGACCUGGAGUCAGUGCCACUGGCCGCCACAGACAGGUGUGAGCCUGGUCCAGGGAAGGACAGCCUGGGGCUGGCCUCAUAGGCUGCCUGUCCUUGAGUUCCUCCUCACCCGGGGCCAGGGAAGGGUUGGCUGCUUUCUGCCACCCACUCUCUCAACUUUGCGUUCCUGGGAGGUUGUUCUCCUUACCCCUCCCCCGGCCAGGGGCACUUGCUCUGUCUUAGGUGCCUUCUGCUGCCCCCAUGAGUCCAGGGAAGGUUGAGGCAUGGGUCCUGGGCCCAGGAGCAUUGAUGUGGCGCCCUUAGCUCUGCACCUGGAAACGAGUCCAGUGGGGAGGUCUGCCAGCAUGUAGAGCAGGCCAGCCACAACCCCCAGGGCCAGCCGGUUCAGAGAGGCCCACGUCCAAGGGUCAAGAUGCCCAAUUCCUGCUUGGGCAGGUGGGGAGAGGGCAACAGAGCCAGCCGCAGAGGCAGCGCAGGGGGUAGGCGCGGCUGCGGGAAGAGGGGGUGCUUGCUAGCUGCGGGCAAGGCCCUCACUUUGGAGUCCUGUUGCCCUAGACUUCUGAACGUUGGCCCUUCCAGCAAGCGUAAGCGUGACAGCCCUGCCAGGGCUCAGCCGCCUGACCCAGGGCCUGGGAGCAGAGAUGCAUUCCUGUGUCCCCAGGCAGAACCCUCAGACAAGGCAGUGAGAGGCUGCAGAUGGAGCCAGAUCCACCUGUCGGAGAGUUUCAGGUGUAUCUGGGCAGUGUGGGUAUUUUUACACAAAAGAAAGUGACUUACUUUUACAAAGAUGGGUUUAUUGAUACCGUAUUUAAUAAAAUAGUAGUCUGAA